AUGUCUGUUCUCCCUGCCGAGGUGCAGGGAGCCUUGACCCAACUCCUCCAGGCCCUCUCUUCUCCCGACAAUGCCCUCCGCUCUCAAGCCGAAGAACAAUUGAAUAAUGACUGGACUCCCAAUCGCCCAGAUAUCUUGCUUAUGGGUCUUGUCGAGCAGAUCCAAGCCUCCCAAGAUCCCUCGACAAGGUCGUUUGCUGCCGUCCUUUUUCGCAAACAGUCGUCCAAAACACGAAAAGUCCCCACCACCGGCGAAUCUAAGGAACUGUUUCUGACUUUAAGCGGCGAGGCUCGAGGCGCGAUCCGCUCCAAGCUGCUAGAAGGAUUGGCUAGAGAGCAGGUGAAUUCCGUCAGGAACAAGGUCGGAGAUGCAAUCGCUGAAAUCGCAAGGCAAUACCUUGAUAAUGGCGAGGUAUGGAUGGAACUCCUCAGCUCGUUGUUCCAAGCAAGUCAGUCCAAUGAUGCAGGUAUGCGAGAAUGUGCCUUCAGAAUAUUUGCUACCAUGCCUGGCAUCAUCGAAAAGCAACACGAAAGUGCAGUCCAGGAGGUCUUCGGGAAGGGCUUCAAAGACGGCAGCGUUGAUGUGCGCCUUGCUGCGAUCGAAGCCUUUGGCUCUUUCUUCCAUUCCAUCACCAAGAAGACACAGCCAAAGUACUACGCCCUAAUUCCCGACAUUUUGAACAUACUUCCUCCCUUGAAAGAGGCGGGCGACACCGACAAUUUAUCCAAAGCCUUCAAUUCUUUGAUUGAGCUUGCCGAAGCCGCCCCAAAGAUGUUCAAAAACCUCUUUAGCAAUCUCGUCAAGUUCACCGUCUCCGUCAUUCAAGAAAAGGACAUUGAUAAUCAAUGCCGACAAAAUGCCCUGGAACUCAUGGCUACCUUUGCUGAGUGGGCUCCAGCUAUGUGUAAGAAGGACCCAACCUACACCACGGAUAUGGUCACUCAAUGCCUCAGUCUUAUGACUGAUGUCGGGGUGGACGACGAUGAUGCCGCCGAAUGGAAUGCCACCGAGGAUCUCGACAUGGAAGAAAGUGAUCUUAAUCAUGUUGCCGGUGAACAAUGCAUGGAUCGACUUGCAAACAAGCUCGGCGGGGACAUUAUACUUCCUGCAACCUUCACUUGGCUUCCACGAAUGAUGCAUUCUGCCUCAUGGCGAGACCGACAUGCUGCAUUGAUGGCCAUUUCUGCCAUCUCUGAGGGCUGCCGAGACCUGAUGAUCGGGGAAUUGGACAAAGUGCUUGAGUUGGUCGUGCCCUCGCUUAGAGACCCUCACCCACGUGUCCGUUUUGCCGGCUGUAAUGCCUUGGGCCAGAUGAGCACAGAUUUUGCCGGACCUGUGCAAGAAAAGUAUCACCAAGUUGUUCUCACCAACAUAAUUCCUGUCUUGGAGGCUCCAGAGCCCCGCGUUCAGGCUCACGCUGCCGCCGCCUUGGUCAAUUUCUGUGAAGAGGCCGAGAAAUCCAUUCUCGAACCUUACCUGGAUCAGCUCCUCAGUCACCUCCUGCAACUGCUGCAGUCACCAAAACGUUAUGUGCAAGAGCAAGCCCUGUCCACAAUUGCCACAAUUGCCGAUUCUGCUGAAAGUGCCUUUGUCCGCUACUACGACACUCUUAUGCCGCUGCUUUUUAGUGUCCUUCAGUCCGAACAGUCCAAGGAGUAUAGAUUGUUGCGUGCCAAGGCAAUGGAAUGUGCGACCCUGAUAGCACUCGCGGUUGGCAAGGAAAAGAUGGGUCAAGAUGGCAUCAAUCUCGUGCAGACGCUGGGCAACAUUCAAGGAAGCAUUACUGAUGAUGACGACCCACAGGCACAAUACUUGCUCCAUUGCUGGGGUAGAAUGUGUCGUGUGUUGGGCAGUGAUUUUGUCCCUUACUUACCUGGGGUCAUGCCCCCGCUCCUUGAGCUUGCUUCUGCCAAAGCCGACAUUCAACUCAUUGACAACGAGGAGGAUGCCCUCGAGCAGGAGGAUGGUUGGGAGCUGGUACCAUUGAAGGGCAAAGUCAUUGGCAUCAAGACCUCAACUCUUGAAGACAAGAACACUGCCAUUGAGCUCAUCACCAUUUACGCACAGAUCUUGGAAGCAGAUUUUGCGCCCUACGUUGCUGAUAUCACAGAACGUAUUGCUCUCCCUGGCCUUGCAUUCUUCUUCCAUGAUCCAGUUCGUGUUGCAUCUGCCAAAUUGAUUCCUGCAUUGUUGGGCUCUUACAAGAAACGCUAUGGCGACCAAUCACCAGAACUUAGAGAGUUAUGGGCUAAAUGUUGCGAAAAGGAGAUUGAGAUCCUCAGCGCUGAGCCUUCGAUCGAUACUCUCGCCGAGAUGUUCCAAUGCUUCUACGAAAGCGUUGAGGUUGUUGGCAAGAACUCAUUGACUCAAGAACACCUUGAACAAUUCAUUCAGUCGGUCAAAUCAACUCUGGAGGAAUACCAAAAGCGAGUACAAGAUCGUGCUGAUGAAAAGGCUGAGGUAGCACAGCAAGGUGCUGAAGAUGAUGACGAUUCGCUCUCUGUUCAAUAUGCCAUUGAAGACGACCAGACAUUGCUCUCUGACAUGAACAAGGCUUUCCACACGAUUUUCAAGAAUAUGGGAGUCAAUUUCCUACCUGCGUGGCAAAGAUUGAUGCCCUUUUAUGAUGCAUUCAUUACCUCCUCUGAUCCCACCCAACGUCAAUGGGCAGUCUGUAUUAUGGAUGACGUACUUGAAUUUUGUGGAACACAAUCAUGGCAAUACAGCGAUCACAUCAUUCAGCCACUUAUAAAUGGGAUGAGGGAUGAGAAUGCGGCCAAUCGUCAAGCAGCUGCAUAUGGUGUCGGUAUUGCUGCACAAAAGGGUGGCGAACAAUGGUCUGACUUUGUUGCUGCCAGCGUGGAGACUCUGUUGCAAAUCACCAGAUUACCAAAUGCUCGCAGUGAGGACGAUGUUUUCGCAACCGAGAAUGCAUGUGCUGCGAUUGCCAAAGUUCUACACAGCAACUCGUCAAAAGUUGCGAAUCCCCAGCAAGUGGUUGAACAGUGGAUCGACACCCUACCAAUCACUAAUGAUGAAGAAGCUGCGCCCUAUGCAUAUACAUUCCUUGCGCAGCUAAUAGACCAGCAAAACCCCGUGGUAUUUGCCAAGGCACAACAAGUCUUCCACCACAUUGCUCUGGCACUUGAAGCUGAAAUGAUUCAGGGACAAACAGCCAAGAAGGUUGCUGAGAGUGCUAAGCAAAUGGUCACGCAGACCGGAGUCAACGCAGACCAAGUUCUGCAGACGUUGUCACCUGAUGGUCAAGCCACCGUGCGAAGCUUUUUCUCGUAA